AAAGACUUCCUCUGUUCCUCGGCCCUUAAAUUACUGAAACAACGUUAGUAUAUCCGGAGAACUCCAAAAAAAAACUGCUUCGUGAAAAUACACAUUUCUGGAAACUCCCAAGAAGUCAUAACAAGCUUAUACAACCAAUCAAUAGAUGAAAUAGAAAUUUGAAUAUCUCCCUCAAAAAAGAAAUUUGAAUAUCUCAAAAGAUUGUAAUCAUAAUCAAAGUUGAAGCUACAGAUCGGAUGAUGACAUGUCCAUGCUUGAUGUUUGUGCACACCAACUGUUUGUGAAAAUGACUCAGAUAACUAAUGUAAGGAAGUUAAUCACAAAUGGCCACCGGAAUGGUACUCAACGUUGCACAGACGCUGUUUGCAGCGUUAAAGUCAACUGAAGUGAGAAAGCUAUGCUCCAUAUUUGGGUAUGAAUCCGAACUUGAGCAGCUUCAGGAAACUGUCCAAACAAUCAAGGCCAUCCUCCUCAACGCGGAGCAUAAUCACCAAGAACUCACCUCUGAAGACCGAGAUUGGGUUGAAAGGCUCAAAGAUGCUGUCUAUGAUGCUGAUGAUUUGUUCGAUGAAUUCGUCACCCAAUCUCAGUUGAAGAAUGACAUGCCCUUCAGUAAGAAGGUACACAGUUUCUUCUCUAGUGACAACAAUGUCCUUUUUGUUGCUAACACCUCUGGAGUAAUUAAAAAGAUUAGGAAGAAGCUGGAUGGCAUUUCCAGAGAUCAUGAUGAAUUUGGGUUUAGUGAUGUGUAUAGACCUAUUAAGAGAGAAAAAACCUGUUUUUAUGUGGAUGAAGAGAGUAUCAUUGGGAGAGAGGCAGACAAGAAAGCCAUUAUGGAAAUGUUAUUAUCAGAAUCAAACCCUUCAGUUGGUAAUCAUUCAGAAACAUGUGUUUUUUGUCACUAUUGUGGGAAUGGGAGGGUUGGGGAAAACUGCUCUCGCCAAACUCAUGUAUGAUAAUGAUAGGAUCCGGAGUGAAUUUGAAUUGAGGUUGUGGGUUUGUGUCUCUGAAGAAUUUGGCUUGAAAGAAGUCCUUUGGAAGAUCCUUGGGUACAAUGAACCUAACAUAGUUUUGCUGGAAGAAAAAGUUAAGAAAAUAAUAGAAGGAAAAAGGUAUUUGCUUGUUCUAGACGAUGUAUGGAGUGAGAAACGUGAGGAAUGGGUUGAGUUGACCAAGUUCUUGGCUUUAGGUGGAAAGGGUAGUAGAGUAUUGGUAACUAGCCGCUCUAUGGGGGUUGCAGAUGUUAUAGGAGACAAUCACAUUCAUAAGUUACAAGGUCUAUCAGAAAAUGCAUCUUGGGAUUUGUUUAAGAGUAUGGCGUUCGAACAUGGGAAAGAGCAAGAUGGUGAUGAUCUUAUCACCAUAGGCAAAGAGAUUACACAAAAAUGUGCCAAUGUUCCUCUCACCAUAAAGGUUGUGGGCAGUUUGUUGUAUGGUCAGGAUAUAAGCCAGUUUCUGCUGUUUAAAAGAAUUGACUUGUUGGCUAAAAUGAGUCUCGGUGAGGAUGGCAUAAUGCCGACAUUGAUGUUUAGCUAUUAUCAUCUUACUCCCAAUGAGUUAAAGAGUUGUUUUAGCCUUUGCUCACUCUUCCCUAAUGACUAUUUUAUUAAAAAAGAGACAUUAAUUAGUUUGUGGUUAGCACAAGGCUACCUUGUUCCAAGUGUUAGAGGUCAGAGCAUGGAAGAUGUGGGUGAAAAAUAUAUUUCAGUUUUAUUGAAUAGAUGUUUUUUCCAAGACAUUACACGGGAUAAAUCUGGUAAAGUUCAUUCAUUUAAAAUGCAUGAUCUCAUACAUGAUCUAGCUCGGAAAGUAGCAGGAAAGGAGUCAUUGAUGUUGGCUACAAGCUUAAACCCUUCCCAGAAGAAAAUUCGUCAUUUAUCUAGCGUUGAUGAUGAAUGUUUCAAUAACUGGUUAGAUUCAAGUGAAACAUUACGUACAAUUGUCAACUUGAAAGAGUAUGAUUGGGUCGCACCGGGGAAGCUGGCUGAAAUAAUUUCAAAGUGUAAACGUUUAAGGGUACUGGACUUGCAAAAUAUUAGCUUUAGAACUUUACCAAAUACACUAGGUAAACUGUUGCAUCUAAGGUACCUUAGUCUCUCUGACAACAAUGAGUUGGAGAUGCUCCCUAAUUCGAUCACCCAGCUUCAUAAUUUACAGAUAUUGAAUUUAGUUGGAUGUACGAAUCUAAAGGAGUUGCCAGAGGACACGAGCAAACUAGUAAAUCUUAGGAUGUUGGAUAUAGACGGAUGUGUGAGCUUGACUCAUAUGCCAACAGGGAUGGAUAAGUUAACAUGUCUUCAAAAGCUUACAAUGUUUGUGGUGCGUGGGGAUGAUUAUCUUACACAAGUUAAAAAAGGCAAGCUCGAAGACUUGGAAGCUCUUAUUAACCUCAGAGGUGAUCUCAGAAUUAUACAAUAUGUGAGCACAAAACAUAUGCCGAAUGCAAUUCCAGAAGCCAGCAUACUAAGGACUGUAGAUCUAAAGACUUUAGAAAUAAGGUGUGAAUUUAUGGGUCUUUUUGAAGGACAUGAGACAUUAUUGGACAAGCUGUUCCCUGACAACCAUGAUUUUAGCAAGAUUGUGAUGACGGGACAUAGAGGCACCGAGUUACCAAGUCGGAUGUCAUCAAUGGCAACUUCUUUUCCAGGGCUCGUGAAUAUCGAGUUGUCAGAUUUUGGUUCGUUGAAACAUCUCCCGUCAUCACUGAGUCAACUUCGUCAUCUCAAAUAUCUCAAACUUCACUGGAUGCGUAAUGUGGAGUACAUUGAGAUCGGUGCACCAUCUUUGCUAGUUACAAGGGUAUUCUUCCCGUCCCUUGAGAAGUUGGAGCUAUUAGGAAUGUGUGGGUUAAAGGGAUGGUGGAGUGAUUUAAAAUGGGUGAAGAAGGAAGCAGGAAGAGAUUCAACAUCGAUAGAGAUAAAAGAAGAAGAAGAAGAAAAGAGGAGUUUGGUUGAUUGCAAUAGCCACAUAGAACACAUACUCCCAUCAUUUCCUCGUCUCCGUGAAUUAAAUAUUAAAAAUUGCGCUCGCAUGACAUACUUUCCUCCAUGUCCCAAUGUGAAACAAUUAUCUCUUAUUCACAUCUCUAGUCAAUUCACAUUUUAUACGGGAGGCUCUUAUUCCUCUUCGUCACCCUCCAACAUGUCAAUGUUAUGCAAUUUGAAGAUGUUGCACAUGGAUGAUGACAUACUUUUCACUUCCCUGUUUAGGAAAUUUGUGCAGGAAGUCGUUGAGAUCCAAUUAUCCAUUUUCUGGCGUAGGGAAACUUUAAAUUUAGUCAAGGAAGGGUUUCUAAGGUGUGCCUCUUCCCUUCAAUCCCUCUUAAUUGAGAAUAGCUCAGAGUUGAAGAGUCUGUCAGGAGGAGGAAUAGAACAUCUCACCAACCUGCAAUCCCUCACGAUAAAAAAAUUCGCGAACCUAGAUUUGGAAAAUGAGGAGGAGGAGGAGGAGGAAGGGAUGCCAUGGAAAUCUCUUCACUUCCUCUCCUCUUUGAAAUUGGACAGUCUUCCAAAGCUGGUAAGAGGUCUGCCAAAGGGGUUUCAGUACUUGACCUCACUUCAAUCCCUCUUUAUAUAUAGCUGCACAAAGUUGGAGGCCCUUGGUGAGUGUGUUGCCUUCCUAAAGUCCCUCCGAAUUGAUUGGUGCAUCAAUUUGAAGGCUCUUCCGGAAAGCAUUGGCUCCCUAACAUCCCUGCAAUUACUUCAGGUUGACCACUGUGCCAAACUGAAAUCAUUGCCAGAAGCAAUGCGCAGUUUGACCUCCCUUACUUCACUUGAAAUGCGAUACUCCUGCAAGGAGCUCAAGGAUAGAUGUCGACAACCAGAUGGGGAAGACUGGCCCAAAAUUUGUCACAUCCCUAUUCUAGCUAUUCGGUGAAGAAUGACUAAUAAGCCUUUCUUCAGGUCUACUAACUCACGACAAGGGAUGAUCCACGAACUUGAAUGCUUGGCUGCAGUGGCAUCGCCCCCAAAUUCCAAUUCAUACUCGAAAAGAGAAGAUUUGUCAGUGGCAUAAGAAUUGCUGGUGAAGUUCCCAUGGGUAUUGAGCUUCAACUUGAUUAGGGUUAAAUGACUGAAAUCAUCAACAGUUUAUGAUCCUCCCACCUCUUAAGUGUUUCAGCUUUAUAAUUGUACAAAGCCCGAAGCAUAGUAUAUAUAUAGUAACUGCUUACCUCUUGAAUUGAGAAAAUUGGUUCAUUCUGAAAGGCUUGAAGUAUUCUGAAAUCUGUAAGUUUGUUACUUCUAUUUGUGAAAUUGUUUCUUCAUUUACACAUUAA